CACGCUUGACUCAUAUUUGAUGUUUUGUUUUGGUGCUUGAGCAUAAACCUUUGGUGGGUUGAUUGCUUUGCAAUUGAAAUUGAAUUUGCAUGGGGUGAGGUGGGGGUGGGUGGGUUUUCCGUCUGUCCCUUUGAUUGAUUGAACUAGAACUAUAUAUCCAUCGUCAAAAUUCAGGAGAGAUAGAGAACAUAAUUAUUUAAUUUGGUCUGUUAUAUUAUUAGUAUAUGAUGUGUUUGUGUUGAUCAAGUUGAAUUUGGGUGGUUUGGUUAAGAGUGCGAGAGAGAAGUAGCAGUACAAGUGUUGUCGGCGCAAGGUCACUUUCUUUCGGCAUUGUCUGUAUCCAAUCCAACGACGAUAUUGAUAUUUGAAUAUUUGAUUGCAUUUCCCUUCAAUUUAAUUUUAUCCAAAUUACAAUCAGGAUUGAUACUUCUCCGAUUCUCCUCUCUUCUCCUCUUGUCUUUACAUUUUGAUUUCCACCUGCAUAUUCUUCCAUUCAUUCAUUCCUUCCUUCUUUCAAACAUGCCUCUUUUCUUUCUGUAAUUAUAUCUCCUGCCUGCAACUUUCCAUGUCAUGAAAUUUCAAUUGGAUUUGGGUGCCAAUUUCCUUUCUUCUUCUCGUUGUUGUUGUUGUUGUCGUUGUAUUCGGAGGCUGUUCGUUCGUGUUGCCAUUGGCAAAUGAAGCUCGAGUAUUUAGACAUCUGGCUGCCUUACUUUUCUGGGACAAGGACUGGAGGUUUGCAGCUGCCUAAACCCCAUGAUACAAUGAUGCUUUGUUUCUAUCUAUGUUACUCUGCUUUUCUUUUCUAUUGCAUUUUGAAUGUAUAUCACUACUAUUGGCAUGACAUUUUACUUGAUUUUAAGGGCUUCGACUUUGAUUUAAAAAACCAUUGCUUUGCGGCCGUUGUAAUCGUUGAAAUUUUGCUCCCUUAAAGUUAAUCCCACUCUCACAACUUUCUGUCUAAUCUGUUUUCUAGUUAUCUGAUGGAAGACCAAUAAUAAGGAAAUAAAGAAUUGAAAAGAAAUAGUUACAUCUGAUGGAUUUAAUUCCCUUGCUUUCCGUGCACACCUUCUGUAGAUUAUCAUCCUCUGCGUUUUGUAUCCUCUGGAUUCCAGGUUCAAUGCAUGAUAAUUCGUUUUACAACAAUACUACCCAUAGUUGAAGUGGUUCCCAUACCAAAUGUCAGCGUCUCUUGCAGCAAUACUAGGAGGUGCUGCAGGAGCCGUGACUUUUGUGGGGAUAAGUAUCAUACUCAUAUGGUUCUGCAUAUCUCGCAAUAGGAGUGUUUCAAGAACUUCUGAAACAGGUUCUUCUGAUCCUUCUAUUCAAGUGGGAAGACAUGGAGGGGUUGAGUUGUCAAUGCGAGAAGCAAGGCGUUUUCAUAUGGAAGAACUGUCUCUGGCCGCAAAACAUUUCAGCGAUAAAAAUUUGAUUGGGCAAGGAAAUUUUGGGGAGGUGUUUAUGGGAUUUCUCCAGGAUGGAAUGCUUGUAGCCAUCAAAAAGCGACCUGGAACAGCUAGUCAGGAAUUUAUCAACGAGGUACACUAUCUCUCAGCUAUUCAGCAUCGGAAUAUUGUUACUCUCUUGGGUUACUGCCAAGAAAAUAAUCUACAGUUUCUUGUGUACGAGUACAUUCAUAGUGGAAGUGUUUCCAGUCACUUGUUCGGCACUGGCCAGCAUUCACGUGAAAAGCUAGAAUUCAAGAACCGCCUAUCAAUAGCUCAAGGGGCCGCUAAAGGUUUGGCUCAUCUUCACUCUUUGAGUCCCCGUGUGGUGCACAAGGAUUUUAAAACAGCCAAUGUUCUUGUAGAUGAAAACUUCAUAGCUAAGGUUGCAGAUGCGGGAAUUCGCAAUUUCCUGGGAAGAGUUGAUAUUGCAGGCUCGUCUUCUCAAGUGACUGCUGAUGAGAUGUUCCUUGCUCCAGAGGUCAGAGAAUUCAGACGAUUUUCAGAAAAAAGUGACGUCUAUAGUUUUGGUGUAUUCCUCCUGGAGUUAGUGAGUGGGCGAGAAGCAAGAGAUUUUGCAUCUUCUGACUCAAACCAGAACAUGGUUGAAUGGGUGCAAAAUAUUCAAGAGGGCAGCAAUGUAUCGUGCAUCAUCGAUGGGAGGUUGGGGAAUAGCUUCACAGGUGAAGCUAUGGAACGGUUGAUUCAGUUGAUCAUGCGAUGUGUGGAGGCUUCGAGUGAGAGGCGACCAAGCAUGAGCAAUGUGGUAACGGAGCUGGACCGGAUAGUUGAGAAAGAGAUGAGCUUGACGACAAUAAUGGGAGAAGGAACUUCUACAGUGAUCCCAGGAAGUCAGCUAUUUAAAGCAACAAAAUAAAAAGACAUUGUGUGCGUAUGGCAUCGCAUCCUCCAAAUUAUUAAAAAACUUGGAGGAGUGAUAUUUGUGAAAUAGGCUUUUUUUUUUCCUUCUGUGAAAAGAAAAAGGAAAUUGUUAUACUUUUUUUAGGUUUCCUUGCUGAAACAUGAAACUAGAGAAAGAGAAGAGAGAAGAGAGAAGAGAGGAGAUAUAUCAGUUGUUCGAUAAGUGUAUAAAGCAUUAUUUUUUUUAUUUGAUAAGUUUUACACGA